GUAUUUAGAUGUGUACAUACUUCUCUAGAGAAGUUAGCUUUGUACCUGAAAUAGUCCCUUGCCUUAAUGUUAGCAUGUUGGUGUGCUUGGUUUCUGGGCCCAUUGUUUGUUCCCUUUGACUCUGUGAUCUAUACAGGAAAAGCCUUUUCUUUUUCUUCUAGAGUGUCUAGUCUUUCUUAUCUUUCUUUCAAAAUUCAGUCCACAGAAGAUCAGACCAGACCAUUCGAUUCCACCUGUGACUGAUUCCAAAAGAGUCCAAAACCUGCAAAAAUAAAUUUCAUAGAAAUGCAGACCGCGUUUUGCGGAUCUUCGCCUAUAAAGGCCCUCUGAUCUUGUUCCAGUAUCCAAGCUUUCAAGUCUGUUCGCAGCCCAAUUAUCUCGGAGGGAGGCUGCUUAAGUUGACUCUUAGUCGGUCCAGAACCGCAGGCUGAGCUGAAGCUCGCAAUGUCUACCAAAAGUGAGAGCUUGUGGCUCAACGAUGCUGUUCGAGGAGAAACUGAACUCUGUAUCUUGCCAAAAUCAGCACCACCGAAGAACGGCAUGACUUCCAUGCCAGAUGAUUUGUACCCCGUUGAUCAUGGCCUACGUUCGAACAUGCUGUUUGGACGUCGGUCUGAUUGCAGCGAGCUGAAGAUUGCAAUUCAUGAUUUCAUUCCAAUAAGCGGCAUAUCCACAUUUGAAAUAUAUUGUGUCGGCUUCGAUGUCCAUCCGAAUUACUGAAUCUGCUUACGAGAUCCGCAUAAUGCGAUUAAGUAGUGUGGAAUCUGAAGGACUCGUGUAAAUGCGCGGCGGUAUGUUGUGUAGGUCAAUCUUUCCUUACCAGGCAUGUAAUCUGCAAUUGCAGUUGGAUGACGUACGUAGCCGGUAGACAUUUACCUGUAAAUAUUUACGUGCUUAUUCCACAUGCCAUUGCAAAUUACAUCUUCCUUUUAGCACAAAGGCUAUGAUGUAGUCCGAUUAUGCAUAGCAUUUUGUGGCAUGCUGAUGAUACAUAAGCUCGGAUCUGUGGAUAGAUUUCUUUUAGAAUCGAGUCUAUUUAGCGUCAUGUGAUCUGCAAUUGCACUUGGAUAUUGUACGUAGCACGUCUGUAGACAUGUACAUAUAUACGUCCAUCUUCCACAUGCAAUUGCAGAUUGUAUCUGCUCUCGGGUAGACUGCCCACAAAAUGUAGCUAUUUUUGAUAAAUAUCAGUUCGU